AUGGCACCCCACAACCCGAAUCAGAAGGAACCAUCCAUCACCGUGCAAAACCUUUCAUAUAAAUUCCAGGAUGGAUCUUCCGGCUUGAAUAAUUUAAACCUUGAUCUUCCUCCCGGAAGCCGAACUCUGCUCAUUGGCGCAAACGGCGCGGGGAAAACAACCCUCCUCCGCCUCCUAGCAGGCAAACGCCUAGCACCAAACAACACAAUAGCUGUAGCCGGCAUUGAUCCCUUCAAAGACGGCUUGGAGGGAGUCACUUAUCUCGGCGUGGAAUGGGUCCUCAACCAAAUCGUCCGCACGGACAUGGACGUCCCCACGCUCCUCGCCUCCAUCGGGGGUAACGUCUACCCCGAGCGACGGGAUGAAUUAGUCGAGAUUCUCGACAUUGACCUUCGCUGGCGCAUGCAUGCCGUCUCGGAUGGAGAGCGCCGCCGUGUGCAAUUGGCAAUGGGUCUGCUGGUCCCCUGGAGUGUGCUUCUUCUCGAUGAGAUCACGGUUGAUUUGGACUUGUUAUCCAGGAGUAACUUCCUUUCGUACCUUAAGCGGGAGACGGAGACGAGGCCGUGCACGAUUGUGUAUGCCACUCACAUCCUGGAUAAUCUUUCACAGUGGCCGACGCACUUGGUGCAUAUGCAUCUUGGUACUGUUAAGCAGGUGGGACCCAUUGAGCAGUUCCAGAAGGAAGUUCCUGAGACUGCUGAGAACAGCCAACUCGGUGAGCUCGUUCUCAAGUGGCUCAAGGAGGAUUUGAAGACUAGAGGGCCCAGACAUGGCCGUUCGAGUGAUAGCAAGACAUAUGCGUCUCUCGAGGGGAAGGGAGGUUAUGGAUUCGAAAAGAAGAAUUGA